AUGAGCGCUAUAUUCAACUUUCAAAGCUUAUUAUCCGUAAUUUUACUCUUAAUAUGUACUUGUGCUUAUCUACGAUCCUUUUUUCCAAGUAUAAUGGAUCGAAACAAAACUGGGCUCCUAGGAACGUUUUGGAAGUGUGCUAGAAUUGGUGAAAGGAAAUCACCAUAUGUUGCAGCUUGUUGUGUUUUAAUGGCAUUUUCUAUAUUAUUUCUAACU